CAUCGAGGUCAUCUCAGACAAAAAUAGUGGCUUUGAAUUAUAAAUAAAUUAAAUCAUUUUUUUUCAAAAAAUGACUGGACUAACAAUAAAAUUGAAGACAAAAAAUGGUCAGCAUGUGGUCAAGACAGAGGAAAACUUUACUAUCGCAGGAUUAAAAACAAAGAUAACCGAAUUGACGCAAAUUCCUUCGGAAUCUCAAAAUAUAAAAAUUGGAUAUCCUCCGAAACUCAUCGAUUGUGAGGACAAUCAUUCGUUGCAGACGGCUGGCAUCAAAAAUGGAGACAUUUUGAUUGUAGAAGAAAAGGCAUUGACAAGCGAGGAAAAAGCUGCCUUGGAAAAUGCAACUCGUCUGAAAGAGGAUGAAAGAUUGGCUCAGGAACUAGCUCAUGGGUCCGAAGAAGGAGCGGGUAUUCUUUUAAAAGAAGUUGUACCAGCCGAUAACUCUUGUCUUUUCACCAGUGUGGGCUUUGUAAUGACAGGAAGGGUUGAUACUGAAAGUGGAACUUAUAUGAGACAAAUCAUCGCUGAAACUGUGCACCAAGACAAAGAGACUUACAAUCCAGGUGUGCUAGGACGCGAUAACGACGAGUACUCGGCAUGGAUUAUGCAGAGCGACUCUUGGGGAGGCGCGAUCGAAGUUUCCAUUUUGUCCAAAUUUUACGGUGUGGAAUUCGAUGUUGUAGAUAUUACAUCGGCCGUUAUUUCACGAUUUGGUGAAGAUCAAAAUUACGGUAUGAGAGGCUUUUUACUAUUUGAUGGCAUUCAUUAUGAUCCUUUGUACAUCGAACCUUUUAAUGGUGGCCCACGCAAAACUAUAUUUCCUAUUGAGGAUGAAUCUGUUUUCCGACAAGCCAAGCAACUUGCUGAAGAAGCAAAAUCGUCAAGACAAUAUACAGAUGUUCAAAAAUUCACUUUAAAAUGUACCCAAUGUGACUGCAUGAUGAAGGGACAGACUGAGGCGCAGGCUCAUGCAAAGUCAACUGGACACACAAGCUUUGGUGAAGUUUAAUUGAAUGCUUUUUUUAACCACCUAUCAUUUCACUUUCGGUCUUACAUUAAUUUAGUAAUUGACUAAUAUUGAGUUUUGUGAGUUUUUUUAAAUAAAUAUUUAACAACUA